UGCGCAGUGGCCACUAGCUCGGUCCAGGCCUCAGGGCUGUUUCUUGGUGCGGGCUACAGAGUGCCGGUGACUCCUAUUUCUAGAGAGGACAAAGAUAGUAGGAGAAAGGGAAAUUAAUGUAUUUCCGGUUAGAAAGGUCUCGACUUCUGGUCUAUAUCCGUCAGGGCGUUGCUUCUUCCCCGUUAAGGCCCCAACUUUUAAUGUGGAGGUUGCCAUGACGACCUGAAGUGGCGAAAGGCCGGCUUGUGAGAAUUCGUUCACGGGGAUUCAAAUAUUUUAAGGAGUUUAAAAUGAAAGUUCCAGUUGCUGUUAUUCGUCUGCCCCGCGGACCUGAUGGGUCAAGUCGUGGCUUUGACCCCAACUCUCUCCGUUUCCAAGAGCUGGGCCCUGCCAGCCUCUCCUCCAUGGGUCGUGGGAACACAGCAGACCUGGAAUUGGAGCAGCAAAGCCGAGUGACGCUGCGGGAACGCUACCUGCGCAGCCUCUUGGCUAUGGCUGGGCGGCCCGUCCACUUCACCAUGCAUGAGAGGGUGAGCAUCACCGCGUUGUUUAGAGCCUCAGACAUUGACAUUCUGAACUUCCAGGUUUCUGAACUGCAGACUCCGCUGGGGAUACAGAGGGAAGCCCUCCUCCGCUGCUCGGACAUCAUUGCAUACUCUUUUGAGCUGUGAAGGCUGCCUCGUCCCAGUUUCCUUUUUAAAUAAUAAAAGCAUUUGUGAAAAACAA